AUGGGUAUCGUCAGCAGCAAGCCCGAAGAGGGUCCUGCUCUCUACCUAAGAGACCAGAAUCGAUUGAGCAUAUCCUCCUUGGUCGUUACAAAUCCACGAAAGCGCACUUCUGUGAAUGUUGUUCCCAAUGCAUUCCCUGCCACCAGAAUAUCUGUUCAGAAACCAGCCAGCGACACGUCCCCCAUAGAAUUCGUCCAGGAUCCCGAUACUUCGAAUCCAGGGACGGUACCGAAUUUCCUCGUCAAGCUCAGCAACGAUGAUGAGCUUAUAUUUUCCUUCACGUUUGUCAUGCGUCAGGCACAUCUUGCGCAACCCACCUCACCUUCCGAUACAACAUCUUCACCUAUCGAUACGAGCAUAUCAGGCCUCACCUACGUCUAUGCCUCAAACCUCAAAGAAGUCGAGAACUUGGUGACCAGAGAGUUUCAUGCGGAUCCGAACCUUCACAGAAACGCCAACGUCGCAUUGGUCGGCGAUUAUUCAACAGGAGGUAGCCCAUCAGUAUCAUUCGAAUGGACUUGGAAAUGGAAGCCCCCGAAGCCAACAGAGGAUAAGGGCGGUGGCUGGAGAAACUCCUGCAGCUUCGUCGAAUAUGACCCUCGCGCUCAUCGACUGCACACCUUGGCUAGUUUCUCCUAUUUUGUCGCAGGUACUACUAAUCCUCGUGAGAACGCCUAUGCCUCAACCGCUCAUGCUCUCCUAGGGACGCCGGCGACUUUGAGCCAUCCGAAUUCACCGUCACCACCUUUUCUCCUAGCAUCCCCGCCCAAAAUCCGCGUUGCUUCGUCUCAAUCAGUCGAUUCUCGCAUGACUGUUCCUGAUAUGCUUGACGAGCCUGUUUCACCCCUAGUUCCCACAGCCGAGCUACCUCUUACACCCGGACUCCCGCACUUCAAGGAAGCGGUCAAAGUGGAUGUCCCUUGUCCUAAACCAGGCGAGGAAUCCAUGGUCAGUGACGAUGGUCCUGUCUUCAGAGCCACCCUCAAAGCCCUCGAACAGAAGACAGGCAAUAUGAGGACACAAAUGAAAAAGGUUCUAAAGAAAGCAGAACAUGCGCACUCUUGCCAGAACGAAGCCAAUGAUGCCUUUCUUGCGUUUGUCGAUGCUCUACGAGAAGCGGCAUCGACCAAUGCCAAUGCUGUGCAGCCUGCUUUGGAACAUUACUUUGAUAAAAUCGCCAGAGAAAUCUUAUCCUACGAGCGCCAAAACACCUACAACCUUCAGAAGAUUAUCAUCGAGCCAGUAACCAAGCUAUAUCAGGUCGAUAUCAAACAAGCCGAAUCGAAGAAACGAGACUUUGAGGAGGAAAGUAAGGAUUAUUAUGCUUACGUAUCACGCUAUCUGGGCCAGCGACAGGAUUCGGUCAAGGCUAAGAAACUUGCGGAAGCCGAUUCCAAGUAUCAGAACAAGCGACGUAACUUUGAACUCAAAAGAUUCGACUACUCAAGUUUCAUGCAGGAUCUCCAUGGUGGUCGCAAGGAACAAGAAGUCUUGUCCCAGCUCACGAAAUUCGCCGAUUAUCAAACCCGAGGCUUUAUGGCUACUGCGAAGAAAAUUGAGAUUCUUCUUCCUCAGCUAGAGGCUCUAUCCAAUGAGGUUCAGGAGGCCGACAAGGAAUAUCAAUAUCAACGCCGCGAACGCGAGGAGAAGAGACGGCUUCUUGAAAAAAGCAACACACCUUACAAGGAGCCCGAGCAGGGAAGUAAUACAAGCAGCAUGCCAAUUUCGUCUGCCAGUAAUGGCAAUACGGGUAACACCUCAGAUUCUGACCUAGGCCGUGCCGACAGCACAGGGUCGCAGUUGAACAUCGGGUCAGGGAGUGUUCCGUCAGGUGUCGAGUUAUCUAGGUCCCCCGGCAGUCUCGGGCAAUCGUCAGUUGGCAGCCCCGUGGCGUUGUCUAAAUUCAAGGGUAUCCGUGACCUCGAAGAACGAGAUAACAUGCCAUCUGCCGCCACUCAUCGCAAGGAAGGACUUUUGUGGGCGCUCAACAGACCCGGAGGACAUGUCGACCCGCGUAAUUUGAAUAAACAGGGCUGGCACAAGUUCUGGAUCGUAUUGGAUCAGGGCAAAUUAUCUGAAUACAGUAACUGGAAGCAGAAACUUGAUCUUCACAUCGAUCCCAUCGACCUCCGAAUGGCAUCCGUCCGAGAAGCUCGUAACGCGGAACGUCGCUUUUGUUUUGAAGUUAUCACUCCAAGUUUCAAGCGCGUAUAUCAGGCAACAUCCGAAGAGGACAUGAACAGCUGGAUUAUGGCCAUCAACAAUGCUUUGCAAAGUGCUAUGGAGGGUCGCAGUUAUCAAGGGAAGCCAUCUUCAUCAAAUGGUGAUUCUUCCAUAAGGAGAGAUAUUGGCUCCGUUCUCACGGGAAAGACACAAUCACUGAGCCACGGCAAUCACCAUAGUACUUCUAACAGUGGCAUACCCAGUCGCAGGAUAACGGUUGGUGCGCGACCAAGUGCUGUGAGGACUUCCAGCUCAGGAUACGACGAAAACCCUGACAGGGUGCUUCAGAUGGUUCGAGAUAACGACCAAGGCAACCUGUGGUGUGCCGACUGUGGUUCUGGCUCCAAAGUCGAGUGGGUGUCUAUCAACCUGGGCAUCAUUCUUUGCAUCGAAUGCAGUGGUAUUCAUCGGUCGCUUGGUACGCAUAUCAGCAAGGUGCGAUCUUUGACGCUGGACAUCAAGUCCUUCACUAUUGAUAUUGUCGAGCUUCUGCUGCUGAUUGGAAACCGAGUCUCGAACAUGAUCUGGGAGGCAAAGCUCGACCAAUCACAGAAACCGACCGGGCAGGCAAGCCGCGAACAGCGCCUUCGAUUCAUCACGUCGAAGUACGUGGAUAGGGCGUUCGUUGAGCCCAUUUCGCCAACUUUGUCGCGAUAUGGUACAGCAGACGAGACAUUGCUGGCUGGUAUUAAGAAGAACGAGAUACAGCAGGUGCUCUACGCGUUGGCACUCAAGGCGAACCCAAACACAGUUGACAAGAUGAGGGGUACACAUGCUGUAUGGCUUGCUCUGGCUGCGGCGGACCCAGCAGCACCGUCACCAACACCGCACCCAGUCUCCGACUCAGAGGCAAAGACCGUGCCGUUCCCAGUAGCCGAGUUGCUGGUUCAGAACGGGGCCGAAAUUCCUGAAGCAAUGCCGGCGUUCCCCUUAGGUCGUUAUGCGCAGCUCUACGUAGAACAGAAACGGGGACGUACGAUUGUGGGGGGAGGAUCAAGCGACGCAGUGCCCUCGCUACCCGGUAACUUGAGUUCGGCCGAGAGACUUCAGCGCGAGAGGGAAGCUCGACUCCAGAAGCGAGUUAGCACAGGGGGCAGGCUGGCCAGAUCUCCGAUUCCCGAGCGAUAG